AUCAAAGUCAAAAUGUGAAAAAGAACCUUUAGAUGAUGUUCGAACGUCCUUAUCUUUCGUAGUUGUUGUCAAGUACUUUAUCUUUAUAACCUGUCAAACUCUGGGCGACUUUUGGGUUAAAUCUUUCUUAAUAGCCAAGAUUGCACCGUGGUUAACGGCUUCUUAGUUUACCCGUAGACAAUGUCCGUGACGGGAAAUAAAAGUCUUUUCGAGUGUUACGUGUGCUAUUCGUUCUAUAACAAUGACUACCGCAAACCAAAGUACCUGGUGUGCCAUCACACUAUCUGCCUCGAUUGCAUUUGCAAAAGUAUGGAAUCCUCGCCAUCGGGGGUAAGAUGCCCUUUCUGCCGCGUGUGGACAGAAAUUGGGUCAAUGGACGUCAACAAAGCUCUGCGAACCAAUCAAGAUAUUCUUGACUUCAUGGACAUAUGGUUAUUUAAAUUGACGAAUAAUGUUGAAAGUCCUUCGCUCGGUCGUGAUAGGGACACCGAUUACAAUCCAGCAAUUACCUCCACGAAACUGCAAUGGUGUUGCGCUUGCCAACAGUUGGCUUUGAACACUUGCCGAGAUAAUAGCCACAGCCUUUUAACUGUUUCGCCGACCGUUUCGAAAUUGGCUCAGGAAGCCGUAACACAGGGCCGGCAAUCGCAAGCCAAUUGGGAAAAGGCCAUCACGAAAAGAGGCGAUUUGAAAACCAUAGUCACAUCGAUUCAAUCAUCGGUGAAUCGUUUGAAAGACCGCGUUGAUGCUCUAGUCGAAGAGAAUGAACGGGCGUUAGUCGCUCUGCGUGAUUGCUUCGAAGAUGUGACGCAAUCCAUUAACGCGCUCGACCCAUUGGCCUCUAAUGUCGAUUUGAAGGGAUUCGUUAUCCAAUCUGAGCACGAUUUAACAAUUGCAACAGACAACUUGGAAAAAUGGUCUUCUUUUGACGGGACUCAUGUCUCAGUUUCUUUGGAAUUACCUCAUCAACGGUUAAUGAACGCAUGCAGUGUCCUCGAUGGUGUCAUUUCUUGGGUGGAUAACCCUUCGAAUGUGGUUAAGGAAGAAGAUGGGAAAAUGCCAGAAUCCGAGAUAGAUAUUAAUGCUUUUCUGUUAGACGCUCGACGAUUCGUUGGCUUUUUAUUAGCAUCCGUCCCUAACAGCCCAGUUCCAAACGUGCGUCGCAAUAAGGAAACCAGAAAACCGAAAAGAUUUUCCAACCCGCUACCGUCGGUUAGACCAAUAAGCCUUUCAUUAUCUUCUCCUAUACCUCAUCGAUUUAAUAUAACACCUCUAAAAAACGAGUUGUUGAAAGUCAGUGAUCCGCCAUCAAACGGACAUUUGACAGAGUUUACUUCUACCUGUGCCUGGAAUCCUACAGAAAGCGUCUUGGCUUCAACCAGAAAAAACGAAUGCGUUUCUCUAAAUUUUGGGCCGAACUUCAAUAAUCUAACGCCGCUCUCGUUCGAAGGACCACUGCACAUAGGAAGCAAUCAACCUUCACCAAAAAGCGGCGACAUCAGUCGAUUGGCUUGGAAUCCCAAAGGCACGCAACUGGUCACUGGAUCGAAAGACGGAUGGAUUUCUUUUUGGACGUUAAGUGGAAUAAGCCUCUAUCAACAAAAACAGCACAGCGAAGAGAUAAUGGCAAUGAAUUGGAACCCCGAAGGAAAACUGCUGGCCACGGCUGGUCGCGACACGCUCAUUAAAAUCUGGAAUGCUGCAGGCCAGAAUGCAGUUCAGAGUUUUUCGUAUCACACCAACGCCGUUUGGGAUAUUCAAUGGCAGUCCGAGAACACGUUCGCAUCGUGUGACAUAAGCGGCAAAAUGUUCUUUGGCGACAUUAGGUUAGUUAACAAACCUCAGUUUACCUACACGGGGCACAAGGACUGGGUCAAAUGUUUGCACUGGGAUCCGGAGCAUUUCCUAUUGGCUUCGUGUUCGGUUGACACUACUGUAAAAAUUUGGACGCCGUUAGUGCCACCUUUUUUACAAGAAUACACAGCUCACACAAAAUCAGUGAACGCAGUUCAAUGGAGCCCCACCGGACCUGGAUCAUUGUAUCCUAACGCUAAUCGAUACCUUGCCAGCUGUUCAGAUGAUCAAACAGCUCAGAUCUUGGACGUGAGCAAACAAGCGGUGGUGCACAAACUGGAAACAAAGACGAAAUCGUCUAAGAUGACGUGUCUUUCUUUCUCAUGUGAUGGUAAACUCCUCGCAACAGGCAACGAGAACGGUGUCGUUGAAAUAUGGAACGUCCAUAAUGGCCGUGUUGUUCACACGUUCGCCGAUUUCCGGAUCAAGCAUCAACGAAAUUGCAUGGCAUAAGGACGGAACAAAAUUGGCUAUCGCCAGACAGGACAAACCUUGCGGCAUUGUAGAUAUCAAGAAUAACAAGCAAAACAAAUAAGAUUAAAGUGUGACGCCUGAAGUGGAUGGUCCUCUGUGGUUGCUGAACAUAUAACCUAUCGUUAACGUGCUGUUUCCCUUUUUACGUACAUUUCUAAAACGUGAUGGCUUUGCAGAUAGUUUAAACCAUUUUUCUUUGUCUUUAAUUUGGGGCCGGUAAUGAAAGAAUCGAUCGAAAACAGUUGACACAGCAAACUGAUUUAUCUGUUACAUAAUCCUCUAAUUUUGUGAAAGAAUUCGCAUUCACUGUUGAUUGAUAUUUGUCCCCAUUACACGCACUUUCGCACCGUGAUUAAUGUAGCGGUAUUUGCAAAUCAAAUCGAUGUUUAUCUUUUACGUCUAUAAAGGAUAUAUAUACGCGAGGGUAUACAAUAUACGAUUCAGGUCUA